AUGGCUCUCAAAGUCCUAGUUACUCUCGACCACGCUCGAACGCAGUACUACCAUUUCAGGGCCAUAAUGGUCUCAGGCAUGGGGCUAUUCACCGACGCUUAUGAUCUCUUCAGCAUCACGCCGGUGAUGAAGCUCAUCGGUAGGGUUUACUAUCCCGAACAUGACGGAAAGCCAGGUGUCACCUCCCCUGCUGUUGUCUCCGUCGUCGUUGCUAUAGCCCUUAUGGGCACCGUUGUUGGUCAACUAGUCUUCGGAGUUCUUGGUGACCGUGUUGGACGAAGGAGAGUUUACGGCUUAUGCCUCUUAAUUAUGGUCUUUAGCUCGGUUGCGUCAGGGUUCUCAAUAUGUCGGACGAGGAAAUGUAUGUUGACUAGUCUAUGCUUCUUUAGGUUUUGGCUUGGGGUGGGGAGCGGUGACUAUCCGUUAUUCAGCACCAGCCAUGUCAGAGUUGCGAACAAACAUACACUGGGAUCAGUCAUCUGCGCGGUGUUCUCGAUGCAGGGUUUCGGGAUUCUGGCGAGCUCUGGGGCAGUGACGAUGGCUUGCGCUCAUGUCACCACGUUGCACAUCGCUACGGAUGCAGCCGAUAUACUGUGGAGGACUAUACUAAUGGUCGGAGCGAUUCCUGCAGCGCUUACGUUUUAUUGGAGAAUGAGCAUGCCAGAAACCGCAAGAUAUACUGCUUUGGUAGAGAAUGAUGUGAACAAAGCCAAAAGGGACAUAGCGAGGGUUCUCAGGAACCCUGAUUUGGAUAUAAUCGACGAAGAGUCAGAAACCGUUAAUUCGCCUGUACCGAAGAAAUCUUACGGACUUUUUUCAAAGGAAUUCUUGAAUAACCACGGUCGCGAUCUCUUCGCCUGUGCCAUGACGUGGCUCAUUGUUGAUAUCCCCUUCUACGCAGCCACGCUCUACAGUCCAAAUCUACGCGAGUCCGGUUUGAAACCACGCGAGAAAGUAGACGCAUAUCAAGAGGCGAUAAACAUCGCAAAAUUCCAGGCGAUCAUGGCUAUAACUUCGACGAUUCCAGGUUACUGGGCCACGGUCUACUUCAUUGAUCGCAUGGGUCGACGAAAGAUUCAGAUGAUGGGCUUCUUCCUCAUGGCAAUCUUCCUCUUCUCAUUAGGUGGUCCUUAUGAUAAAUAUUGGUACCAUCACACAAACUGGUUGUUCAUGGUUCUGUAUGGGCUAACCUUCUUCUUUUCAAACUUUGGGCCUAACACCACCACUUUCAUCGUGCCGGCGGAGCUCUUCCCGGCUAGGUUUAGGUCGACGUGUCACGGGGUUUCUGGAAAAGAUGUUAUCAAUCCUCGUGCCUAUUUGACAACAAACGCUAUCAUUGAAGAUAUUAAUGAUGAUUUGUUUGCUUUGUUAGUUGAUGAGUCUUGUGAUGUAUCAACUAAACAACAAAUGGCUAUUGUUUUACGUUAUGUGGACAAAAGUGGAAGUAUCGUUGAGGGUUUUAUUACACUUGUCCAUGUUACAUUUGACAUUAAAAGUAGCCAUUGA